AUGGUAAAAGAGAAAGAAAUUAAUCAAGCUUAUAAAUUAUAACAUACUAAUAAUACACCUAAAACUCAAUACUCAUUCAAUGAGCACAUUAGUAAUACUAACUCGAACAACAAAAGCAAAAACAUCCAAUACAAUUCAUAUUAGCAGAAGAUAGUACACUAGUAGCAUAGUGCAAUUAUAAACAGAGAAGAAAUUAAAUUAUAGGUCUACUCAAAUAGUUCUGACCACUAUAACUAUAACUAUGAAGAAUAAUUAAAUGGCAAUGGAGGGUCUGAGGAUGAUGAUGAAAAUGGAGAGGGUGAAGCUGAAGAUCCAAGCUAUAUGUUUAACUCUCAGAAUUAAAGAAACCAAAUAGCACAGUAGCAUGAAUAUUAAUACUUCAGCCAGCCUCCUAUAAAAGACUCCUUCAACGCAACAUCUAGUUAAAUUUAAAUGCAGUAAAUUAAUACUGAUUCUAAAAUUCACGAGUUUCAAAAGAUUGAACAGAACGAUGAGCAAAUCAAGAAUAAUCCGUAGUAGAUUCAAACUAUUAUAGAUGGGAUCACCUUUUCUAGUAGAUUCUGUUCAGGAAAUUUAUCCCAAGUAUGCAAGGGUAACGGUUAGAAUAAUGUAAGCAAUGAGUUAAAUGUGUAACUUUAAUAGUACGACCUGUGGGUAUCAUCAGAUGCAGCCCCAUUUAUUGAAGGAGACUACUACCGAACCUGGUUCUACUUCUCUGUCUAGGGAGUUCCAUAAGGAGAGAACUUAACCUUCACUUUUAAGAAUCUAAACAAUUAAACCUCUUAUUUCGCAUUUACUUAUCCAUUCUCAUUUCAGGAAAGCACAGAAAAGAUAGAUCAAAUUGAAUAGAAAAUUAAGAGAGAUUGCCCAAAUAUGUAUUUUCACCGAGAGGUUUUAUUCUAUUCCUAGGAAGGCAGGAAAAUGGAAAUAUUUACAAUUUCUUCAAAGGAGGAUGGGAAUGGAUUGUACCCGGAUUCUUAAAAUGACCGUCCAUUUAAAUUUGAAGGCAAAAGAUAUAUAUUCUUUACCUCAAGAGUGCAUCCGGGGGAGACACCAGGUUCUCAUGUACUUAAUGGCCCCAAAAAUGAUCAAGCCAAAAUUCUCAGAAAAAAUUUUGUCUUUAAAGUGAUCCCUAUAUUGAAUCCUGAUGGGGUAGCUAGAGGUUAUUAUAGAUUAGAUACUAUGGCUUAUAACUUAAAUAGAUACUAUAUUAAUCCAAACAGAUUUGAUCAACCAACAAUAUGGGCUACUAAAAAAGCGAUACUUUACUAUCAUAAUAUGAUGAAGAAACUAUUUAUUUACAUUGAUUUUCAUGCUCAUGCUUCCAAAAAAGGUUGCUUUAUGUUUGGUAACAACUUGACUGAUCCAACUUAGCAAACUGAAAACAUUUUGCUUCCAAAAUUAGUAUCGAUGAAUAGCUUGAAUUUUGAUAUUAACGAGUGUAACUUCAGUGAAAAGAUUAUGAGUGUAAAAGACAAGAAUGGCAUGAGUAGAGAAGGCAGUGGAAGAGUGGCUAUUCACAAGGAAACUGGGUUAAUUCAUUGUUAUACUCUUGAGUGCAAUUAUCAUAAUGGAAGAAGGAUUAACUUUCUUUCGCCUAAGCUUAUUAAAUCUAACGGCAAUAUUGAAGCUGAAUUACCAGUUUAAGAUUAAACAUCAAAAAUUUAUUAAGGAUCUUAGCCUCCAGUUUUUACUAUUGAGAUAUUUGAAGAUGUUGGCAGAGCAUUGAAUUCCGCAAUAUUGGAUUUAAUAGAAGACAAUCCAAUUACUAGGUUGCCUUUGUCCGCUUUUAAAAAUAUCUCCAAUGUCAGGCAUGAAAUAGAAUAAAAUCUUUCAAAAUAUGAGAAUGGAAAUGCAUGCUUAAACUAGAAUAAAUUCAAAAACACCAAUAGGAAAAUCAUGCAGGCAUAUGUAAAUUAAAAUAAUAAAAAGAUAGUCAAGCCUAAUAUUUCAACAACAAAUUCAAAUCCUUAGCCAGCUAUGAGAGAGGUGAAAUUUUAGGCUCCUGGGAAAGAAAAGAAGGAUUAAGAAAAUUAGCAGUAACUUUAAAAAUAAGUUGUGCCAGUAAUGAGUCAAAUAUUCAAAUCUAACAAAACAAGAUUAGCUUCAUUGAAAAGCUAAAAACAGGAUUCCCUAUUAAAUUUGGAAUAAGAUGAAGAUGAUAAGACAUUAGUCUCUGCUGAAAAGAACUAGCCAUUUAUCAGAGUCACUAGUAUUAUUACACCUAAGGAGUAGACUUAAUCUAUUUUUAACAAUCAAAAGUAGAUUAACAAAAUGACUCUAUACCAAAUGUAAUCAACUCUAUUCGAUGACCAAAUAUCUGGCAGCUAAAUGGUUAAUAAUGUUAAAUAAGAAUAUUAAGGAGUUGGGAGUGGAGGUUUCUUAAUUAGCUAAAAAGUACCAGACGCACAGAUUGGGCCUGAUAAAUAAAGAAUGCAACUGAAGUCAUUUAAUGGUCGAAUGCCUCAUGAUAGACUGGGAAAACUUUAAAAGUACCCGUUAGGAGAUAGAAAUUACACUGAUCAAAAGAUGAGAACUGAAAAUGAGCAAUAGCAAUAGCAGCAGGACAAUUCAAAAGAAAUUAGAUAGAGAUUGAAAAGUAACGAAUUCUCUGGAAACAUUAAUGGAAACUUAAUAAAGCAUGAAAAUGAGCUUAAGGAAUUUCAAAUAAUGAGAUAAAUUAAUAAAAGUUCAAUAGAUUAGAAUGACUCGAAUGAUAAUACAACAGAACUAAAUACUCCAGAUAAUCCCAGACAAGCAAAUCAAACAAAAGAAAGACAAAACUGCUGA